UAAAAUCCAUGGACUACUCGGUGUCGACGCAGACUUACGUCAAGCUAGUGCUGCACGCAGCCAAGCGGCCGGCGAACUCCGUAUGCGGCUUAUUGCUGGGAACAGAACAAGGCCAAGGCUUCUCCAUCUCGGAUGCUGUGCCACUUUUCCACCACGAGGCUCCUCUAGCGCCGCUGCUGGAAGUAGCGUGUGCCAUGGUGGACGCGCAUUGCCAAAAGAGUCAAAAGCUGCAGAUCGUGGGCUUCUACUACGCCGGAAACGGGUACUCGCCAUCUGAUUCCAGCAACGGACUCAGUCACUUCGCCGAAAAAGUGGCGGACAAAGUGGAGCAGAACAGCUCGCGAGCUUGCGUCUUGGUGCUGGACGGCCAGCAACUCAAUAGCGAGGCCAAGACGGGACUCCAGAUCUUACUCAAGGACGUGAAACGCGGCUGGACUAAGGUAGAGAACCGACUCAAGGUGGCGGAUGGAGCGACCAAGACGGUGACGCAAGGAAUGAAGCAGAACGUGCAGAACGAUGUCGUGGACUUCGAAGAGCAUCUGGAAGAUCCCAGUAAAGACUGGCGGAACCCUCACGUAGUGGAGCUACUUAAGCUCAACGUAUAGAGAACCGAUACAAACUCAGAGAGACUCAGAUUUG